GGGGAUGCAAAACCUCUGCAACAAUCGGAUGUCGCCGACACUACAAGAUUGGAUGACUUGUCCAUAACUGCCACUUCCUCAUCCUAUAAGCAGGACACCAUUUGGCUUCGGCCAGAGUGUACAUGGGGACUUGAUUUCUACACCAGAGUUGAUCACGCGGGAUUUUUCCACACAUAUCCUCAUGUGGGUGGGCCAUCUCACAACCUAGACGAAGUCUCCGAGGCCAUCGAUCGCUAUCUUUUUCGCCAUCUGGAUCCAAAAAUGCACAGGGAGCAGGAUUUGGUUUCUCAAGAGAAUAAGUGCACACUGGAGAUGGCUAUAUGGCGAGACAUUCACUGGCCUGAUGGCACAAGGAAGAGUCAUUUGAGAACACUGCCACUUGAUGAAAGACGAUGUUCGAUGCUCCAGCUGGUUAAAGCUUUGAUGGACAAGUACAAUGACGAUCACAAUCUUUCAGGGGAUCUUGCAUAUGAGCUUCCAUGUGUUGGGCGCUACCGGUAUUUUCAUGAUGCUGAUAUUAAGGGGAUUUACUAUCAUAUCAACUUCACAGCAAAUACAAAAGGAUCUGAUGACUCUGGCCUUGACAAUCUAUUAUUUUUUGCUGAACUUGUGGAAAGAGGGCGUAAUGAGUUGGUCGUCAGCUGUAUCUGCAGGGUUAAUCCUUCAGAAGCAAGAGGUUGCUAUGCUUGUUUGAGUGAUGUUUAUCACCCCAAGGCUGAUUCGUACAGUGGUGGUCGCUUUGAAGAUUGUCGCUCGAGGGGCAUGUUUUGUUGUGAUGGACCAGAGGAAAAUUUGGGAUAUACUCCUUCUGAACUGGAAGCAGAGGAGAUGUCUGCUAGAAGUAUGUACGAGGUAUUGUAAUGACACAUCUUGUUUGGUAUUAGUAACAUCUAUAGUAUAGGGGAGUGAUAUUUUG